UCGAGGAGGAGCUUUCGUAUCCUGAGAGAGAGAGAGAGAGAGAGAGAGAGAAACCCCUCACACUCCCACUCCCACUCCCACGCCGCAUGGAUUUCUGAGAGUUUCUGCAUGUAGCUCAGAGUUUAAAGCGUAACACUCGAGAAGAAGAACGAAAGAAAGAAAGAAAGAAAGAAAGAAGGAGAAGAUUUUCACAUAGUCGCUCACAGCAAGGCUCCGUCUCCUCCUGCAGGCUUUCAUCUCAGGAGGGACGUGAUGGCCCGAAAGAUACCAACAGUUGAAUCUUGCCUCCUUUCCUUUCUAUUGGCCUCCAGUGUGUAUCCGCUGAGGGCUGAAUACUCCAGCUGUGGAGAAAAUGAGUUUUAUAACCACAGCAGCAGCAGCUGUCGGCCGUGUCCACAGUGCCAACCGGGACAGGAGCCAUACAUGAACUGCGGCUACGGCGUUAAGGACGAAGACUACGACUGUGUGUCGUGCCCUCCAGGGAAAUUCUCCAGGGGAAAAUAUGAGAUUUGUCGUCGUCAUAAAGACUGCAACGCGCUGUACAGAGCCACGGUGCUCACACCGGGCACGAGGGAGAGCGACGCCGAGUGUGGACCCUGUUUACCCGGGUAUUACAUCUUGGAAAAUCGUCCCAGAAACAUCUACGGCAUGGUGUGUCAUUCCUGCCAGAACGCUCCACGGAACACCAAAGAGUGUAUGCGAACGACCCCCGUUUCGUCGAACCGUGGCUCGGGAAUAUCGUCCACCAGCACCACCACGUUCCCCCACGCCGAGAAAGAUCCAACGGGGCAAGGUCACCUAGCAACAGCCCUCAUCAUCGCCAUGUCGACCAUCUUCAUCAUGGCCAUCGCCAUAGUGAUGAUCAUCAUGUUUUACAUCCUGAAAGCAAAGCCGAGCGGCCAAGCAUGCUGUUCAGGCCAGAUGGUGAAAACCAUAGAGGCUCCGACCAACAAGCAGGAGGAGAAAAAAGAAGCUCAAGAGAAUGCCGUAAUAUUCACGGAGAAGGACGAGUUCAAGCCUCCUCCAACAAAAGCAGUAAAAAGCGAAAACGACGCGUCGUCUGAGAACGAGCAGCUGCUGAGCCGCAGCAUCGACAGCGAUGAAGAAGCGGCGCAGGAGAAGCAGGGAGCCACCGAUCUUUGCCUCUUAUCUCUCGUUCAUCUCACUCGAGACAAGACCUGCUCGAGCAACACCAUCAACAACACCAUCAACACCACCGUCAACAACACCGUCAACAACAACAACAACUGCAGCAACAACAGCAGAACUAUGGGGAUUCACAGUCGAAGGAAAAAAAUCCUGGAGUUGUACGCCAAAGCGUGCGGUGUUGCCGAGGGUGUGAGUCCGGUCGAGUUGCCCUUCGACUGCCUGGAGCGAACGAGCCGCAUGCUGAGCACCACCUACAGCGCAGAGAAGGCGUUAGUCAGGACGUGGCGUCACCUGGCCGAGAGCUUUGGAUUAAAACGUGACGAAAUCGGAGGGAUGACGGACGGCAUGCAGCUCUUCGACCGCGUCAGCACGGCCGGAUACAGCAUCCCGGACCUGCUAGCUCGACUCGUCCAGAUCGAGAGGUUAGACGUGGUCGAGGCGCUAUGCUUCGAUAUUCUCGGAGCGCCCCCUUCUGGCCAGCAUCUGACGAUUUCUUCACGUUGCGCUAGUGUUUGAGAGACCCGAGAUCCCACAAACUAAGCGGCAAUGAAGAAAAAUCCUCUCCGCGCUUCUGUGGUGAGAUUCUCAGAGUGUCAGAAAGAGCAGCGCCCCCUUCUGGCCAUCAUUUUUUUUAUCCCGUUUAGACUUUUCGAUUGCGGCUGUCGCAAAAUUCUUCUUUGAAAAGUCCAAAAAAAAGAACAAUGUUGUGCUGGACACCCAGAAUUACAGGCCUCUUCUUCACCAAACGAUGUUAUUUUUCAUCCUGAAUUAAGAAAAUGAGAGGUUCGACAAAUUCAAGAAUUGUGUGCAAAGUUUCUUAAGAAUCUUUUUCAUCUUACAAUGAAGUAUUUUGUCUGAAACGUCCUGUUUCUCGUGACGUUCUCCACAAUUAGUCCAACUUCUACUUUUUUUUAUUUCACAUUUAGGAUGCUGAUAUAAAUUGAUGUUAACAAUCCUGAUAGCUACAGAUGUCAGACCAUGUUAUAGCUUAAAAAAAAAAAACGAAAGUACAUGUGUAUCUAUGCAGCAUUUUAACUGAAAGAUCAUUUGAAUUGGUUUUUACUUGUAUUUAAAAGUGCGAUUUUCAUUUCACAAGGAUCGUUAGACGACGGUCGUCCCUGCGCUGCCUUCCAAACAGCAGAUCUUCAGAACGGACCCUCGGUAUUUUGAAGUAUGCGCGAUCACAAUAUUGCGUGUCGAAUAUCGCAAUAUGUCGUAUAAAAGAUUAUCGACACGUCUAAUAUAUAUAUUUUAUAGUUAUAUUGUGAGACGUAUGAGAU